UUUUCAUGAGAUGUUCCCAAUUCGGGGAGUUUCAUCAUUUGCUGCAGGAACUGCAUCUGGAUGACGGCCGCUUUCAGUGGUACUUCCGCCUCUCCAGGACCCAGUUUGAGGACCUCCUGUCCUGCAUUGGAGCCACCAUCCGCCUCCAGGACACGAAUUACAGACGGUCCAUCCCUGCCGCAGAGCGCCUUUUCAUCUGUCUUCGGUAUCUGGCCACAGGGGACUCCUACCGAACUAUCGCUGAUAGUUUCCGGGUGGGAGUGUCUACCGUCAGCAUUAUUGUCCCUCGGGUGGUGACUGCAAUCUGGGACUCCCUCAGGCAGAGCUUCAUGGCUGUGCUCACCACUGAAGACUGGAGGUCCAUUGCGCAGGAGUUUUACCUGCGGUGGCAGUUUCCCCUGUGCUGCGGAGGUGAGGAUGGAAAGUAUGUCCAGAUCCAAGCACCUCCCAACUCAGGAUCCCUAUUCCACAACUACAAGGGGAAUUUUUCUAUUGUACUCCUUGUUGUUGUGGACACUCGGUAUCAGUUCCGGGUGAUUGAUGUUGGGGGGUACGGUAGAAUAAGCAACGGUGGCAUUCUGGCCAAUUCUUCCUUUGGCCAGGCUCUGCGGGAUGGAACACUCCAUCUGCCUCCUGACCAGCUCCUGCCUGGAGCUGCCGACAGAGGAUCCUAGCCCUAUGUCUUCGUGGCGGUUGAGGCGUUCCCGCUGAGGAGGUGCAUAAUGCGUCAUUUAAUUACCGCUUGUCCCGCGCCCGGCUGGUGGUGGAGGAUGCCUUUGGCAUUCUGGCCUCUCAGUGGAGGUGGUAUCGUCGCCUCAUUGAGGUGCGCACAGAAGUUGUGGAGCAGUGUGUGAAGGCCACAUGUGUGCUACACAAUUUCUUGCGGGCUUCGGUGGACGAUGAGACACCGACAUUGUGGGGUCUAGUAGGUGGAGAGGAGCCAUUGCCAGGUCUGGACCAAGUAGCUGCCAACGACUCCUCGACAGAGGCACGGCACGUGAGGGACAUCUUUAAAGACUUCUUCACAGCCGAGGGAGCACUACCAUGGCAGCCCACUGAGUGAUUUAACAGUCCUUCUUAGGACUAAAAACAGCUUUUUUAAAAGCCACCCACGAACAUACAUACAGCAAAUCUCAACUUCACUCAUUUUCUACAUUAUUUGUUCUGUCUUUUAUAUUUGCUGAGUGCAAUUAUUUUGUACUUUCUUCACUAUUGCUGACUUUACCACUUAAAACUUCCAUGAAAACACUGUUGUGGCUUUCUUUCUUCUUGAAAAGUCGUAAAGUAUUCACAAAAGUACAAUAUUAUUAUUAUUAUUAUUAUGCAUUGGUGGAUACAUGAAAAUGUCAUACUUAUGUAUAAAUUGACUGCAUGAAAUUAUACCAUACUUGUCAGGAAAAAAGAACACAUUUAUUGAGAAAUAUAUUGUUUGAUAGGCCGGAGUUGUAUGACUGGAACAAAAUUUACAAAGACAAGUACAGGGAGGGAGAGAAGGAUGGAGAUAAUGUUUAGGUCCAUCCCUUAAAAAACUGUCAAUUUAUAUUGUUAAAAAAAAAAUCUAUUGGGGGGGGGGCAAAUGUUCAAAAUUGAGCACAACUGUGCAUUUUGACUAUCUCUAGCUCAUGAAAUGGCAGUCUUUCAAGGAGGAGGAGAAAAUACUCCACAGCACUAAAUUCCCAAGGAGGAGGUGGUGGCGGCCAGUUUUGGAUGGCAGCCUCCACCGCAGAAGGCUCUCCUCCUCUUUCUUUGUCCUGUGAAAAAUUAAAAAAAUUAAAUUAGAUUUCCCAUCAUUUCUACAGUGUGUAUUAUGACUUUAGCAGCCAUAAACAAAGAAAAAGUACAUUGAUUGGUGGAUUGUAUUAUAACCAUCACACACCUGUGGGAGUGGACACUGGGGAAGUGUGCGCAGCAGCAGCACCAGAAGGACCAGGGUCGUUUGAGCCUGACAAGACCUCAGGCAGUGAAGAGGUCCUGGGCUCUUCAUCAUCCUCUAUAAUGACAGGACAUAACGUUAUGAUGUCUUUAAAAGACAUGUUAAAAUGCAUGUUUUGGUUGCACUGAACCUUUUGACUUCUGGUCCAAGGGCGAUGAGAGGGGGAGGUCCUGGUUCUGGGCCUCUUGUGGCUCCUGGACCUGACUCAUGUUGCUGGUAGUGGGCCGGGGAGCCACGAAUGGGUCCAGGAAAGAGAGGACACCAGAGAACCUCCAUCUCCUCCGCUGGUGUGCUGCUGCCCCCCUUUUCCCGGCCUCCGUCUCCAUCCUUCUCUCCCUGAGGUACGUGUCCCGCAAGCCCUUCCACCGCUUGUGGCACACUUCCACUGAAAAUAGAUUAAGAUAGAUUUGUUUUUGUAAACAAUAACUAUCAAUUAACAUAAUAUCACUUUGAUUAGUGUAGAGGAUUAGCCAUUAAACAACUUGACUUUGUGGAAUAGCGGCUCUCAUUUUGGUGGUCAAUAUAUAAAUAGUGACUGGUUUGGAGGGCAGCAUAUAAUGGAAUUUCACCAUAAUGCCCCCCGAUAAACCAGUCACCAUUUGCUUUAUACAUCUGUGUAGUUAAUAAAUUUAUCUUCACGGAUGAGUCAUUCGUGCGCACAUGUGAACAAUAAAAAAAAAAAAAUGGCUACAGAUCCUCACUCUCUCUCUCUCUCCCCUCAAACUGUCAUAAUUGUGUUAAAUUAAAGGACAAAAGGGACAUAGGUUCUGCUAACAGGCAGACUGCCAGAGACUGAACAUAUCCACAUCAAGAAUAAACUCCAGAUAUCUCCACCGGCAGUUCGUUCGUUCGUGCUCACAUGCACGCACGCAGCACGAAACAUUGUUGCCCCGUCGGUCCGCGUUGCUCGAAAUGGUGCAGAAUCAGUCAAUAAUGUGGCUAUUGUUAACUUUGGAUGAUUUAUUGUGAAAAGUAUUGCAGUUAUUACACGAAUCUGCCAAUCAGAACAAAGGAUUUCAGUCAGACGUAGUGAAUUGCUGUCGCUAAAGCCAUUUAAAUAGCAAAUUACACACACACACACACACACACACACACACACACACACACCCACACACACACACACACACACACACACACACACACACA